ACUCUGUGUUGUCUGUUCACACUGCUAUGCUUUAUCUCGGCCAGGUCGCAGUUGCAAAUGAGAACUUGUUCUCAACUAGCCUACCUGGUUAAAUAAAGCUGGACAGUUCCAAGGGAAAGCUGGUGAUCUUUUUGGCUGAGCUGAGGAACCUGACUAUGAGAGUUGAGAUUGUGGAGAGCCGCCCUGACCAGUACAUCCGACUGGACUUCGAGCUUCUCAGGAUCGAGCUGAGAGACUUUGAAUUGUUGGUGACACAGCUGAAGGAUUCCCUCAACUCCUCCUCGCCUAUGUUCGACAGCCUGUACACAGAGAUUCGCAACAUGAGCCUGACUGUGAAUCAGUUGGAGAGCUAUGACAAGAGUAACCUGGAGGAGAUCCGUAUUGAGUUUGGAAAACUGCAGAAGAAGCUGGAGGAGUGCCAGAAGGACCAAGAGGAGGGGGCAUAAACCCAGAUAUUGGCUCCUGCAACCACAAAGGCAUCGCCAGUGUAGGGAAGCCAGUGGUCAGCCAACUGAAUGCAAACUUGAAUGCAGGCUACAGAUUUGGGGGGUGGGGGAAAGACUCAAAACUCAAUCGUGGCUUUGAAUCAAUGUAUUGGUAUGGUGCCUAUAGCAGUGCCUCAGUGAAUACAUUUGAUCUUUAUUCCAACUAUCAAAAUCUGGUUUUAAGGAAUUUAUUUAAACAACAUACCUUACCAAAUGGAUGGCAGGGUACUGGCAACAAUUACAUUGUUCAUGGUAACACCCUGUAUUAGCAGAAAAACAGCCCAUUCAGCAUGGCUAAACUGAAUUUGACCACAUCCAGAUAUGACUACAGAGUCAUUGAAAAGGCCAGUGCAACGUUCUCAUACAGUUUCUCAGCCAAUCAGAACAUGGAUCUCUCAGCCGUAAAAUGGUCAUUGCCAAAGUAAACGAGGAUGAAUUUGGUAUAGAGGAUGUAUGGAGUACUGGUGUGUACAAAUCAUUGGUAGGUAAUACCUUCAUGGUGUGUGGUGUUCUCUAUGCUACUAGACCAGUCGAUGUUCACACCGAGGAGAUAUUCUACUCCUAUGACACCAAAACAGAGCAGGAGAACUACCUCUGCAUUCCAUUUGAGAAGUUCCAGGAUGAAUAUUUAAACCUGCACUACAACCCUAUUGAUCAGAAAAUCUACAUGUACAACAAGGGCUACUAUGUGCCCUAUAGUGUCAAGUUUAUCAAAGACUAGAUUCCCCCUCUGGUCUAAUCGUAUCUUGAUUGAUGUGACUGAUAUGACUUUCUGGCAGCAUGGGGCUUUGCUGAAUAGAUAGAUAUUCAUUACUUUGCCUGAUGCAUUGACAUGCAUUCUAAAAUCAUGUCUCUUGAAUUCCUGAAAUAAAAUCAAACUGAAGCAUUGAAAUAACUGUAUGUGUUCUAUUUUGGUUCAUUUGAAAUUGGAUUGAAAAAUAAAAUGUGCAUUAUUAUCAUUACUAAAAAUACCCAGCCAGUGUCAGAUUCCCUCCCAUUACAUAGGCAGUCCAAUGAGAAAGAGUAUUGGGGUGCAGUAUCCCACCCCUUAAUUUUCAGUCGAAUUUGAGUCAAUCCGUAUAACUAGCACCUCAAUAUGACUCAUCCCCAGUAUGAUAUCAGACCCCUCCCACCCUAGCUUAGGGCUGAUGGGCUGGGCGCCUCCUUUCCUCCCCUCCUUUGGCUCAGGCUGGAGCUUCCACCCGGCUCCUCUGUAAGCAAGCCCUCCCCUGGGUUUGUUCUUUGUGCUCCAGUGAGAAGCUGGCUCCCACUGGUACUGAGGACCAAGUCAGAGCUGAUUAGACUAACCAGGCAGGGUGAGCCCACAUAGCAGCCACCCACUGCAUAUACAACAAUGAACCAGGCACAUUAUUUUAUUCUUACGGUUUCAAGUAAUUGUUGUACAAAUCCAUUGACUUAUUCACAUUUUCAUACAAAAUUACACUAUAGCAUACUGUAACAUAUUGCAAAAUCUAUCUGAAAUUGAAAAAGAGGUUUGGAGACACAGCACGACAAAAAUAGCACUGUCUUUUUAAAUCUUGCAUCUGUCAGGAUGAGAGGGGAAAGUGAAGGCCUUGUGGCUAAUGGUACCCUUAGUGACAUCAUCGCAAGCCAAUAGGCAGCCUCGCUGAGCUCUCUCCUCCUUUUCCUGAGGUCCGUGAAGGGAGGGAGGCUGCUGAGGACGCAGGCUGCUACUGGAGCGGUGGGUCCAGGGCAUGCUCUGAUCACAUCAGGUUCGUAUCGUCAUGCUCAUCAACAAAGACUUUAACCUUCAAGUGGAGGAGGAUAACCCCCCAGUGAGCCGACUGACUGCUGCCAGUGAUGAGUCCCACUGCUGAUAGGACCAGGGAGCAAAUGCCCAUCUGGACCUCCACAGGGUCGAGCCAGGACAGUCAUGGCCAAGAGAGACUACCUGGUGGAGGCAGCCAAGCAGAUCCGCAUGGCUCUGGACAGGGAGGUCAGUGAAGACUAUGAGGCUGCCUUCAGCUACUACAAGAACGGGGUUGACCUGCUGCUCAAUGGAGUUCAAGUGGACCCUAACAAGGAGCGCCGGGAGGCAGUGAAGAGGAAGACUACUCAGUAUCUGAAGAGGGCCGAGGAGAUCUUUAUCUCCCACCUGCAGGACAACCUGGGGAAGGGGAACUCUCACUUAGGGGGUUACAGUAGUCUGAGAUUCCGGCCAAUCAGACACCUGAGCUCCCCAGUGGAGGAUCUGGAGAUGUGUAAAGUGGUGGGGAUCAUCGAUAAGGUCUUGAUUGUCCAAAGCCUGAUUACCAAGGAAAACUUUGUUGUUAAAAGCCUGCCCAAGUCGAGCUGGGAGAGCCGGGGCCAGCCCACUAUCAUCCCCCAGGGCGUCCCCUUCAUGGUGAAGCUGCUGAGGUACUAUGUCAGUGAGGAUGCUGUGUACCUGCAUCUGGAGCAUGUUCAAGGUGGGAAGCUUUUCUCGAAACUUCACAAGGUCAGGAAUGACCGAGCCAAAGAGCACCCAGAAUGCUCCAGUCCCAGCCAGCACAGGAUCAAACUGAAGAACAGCUACACCUCCCCUACCAUCAGCUCAGACUACCAGCAGAAUGACAGAGGGGGCACAGAGAAAACCUCUCUCCUGGAGACGGAGAACGAGGAGAGUUCAGACACAGACUCCCCGGCAUUCUGGCUCGAGGCUCAGCAUCGUCUAGAAAGCUGUAGGACCCACUCCUACUGCGAGGAGACAGGCUGCCUGCAGAACAACUCCAGGUCUGCAGCGCCACACACUCCGGCGACACAGCCCUCCUUAUCUAGGUCAGACACCAGGCCCCAUAUCCAUCCAGCAGGCCUCAGUCAGUGUUUGCACUCUAAAACUCAGGACAAACCUGCUCUCUGUGGUCAUCCGUGUAUCGAUCAGGCCCCUGAUAUCACCUCUGAGCCCACUAGGAAGGCCACUGGAACAGAAAAAAUGGAAUCCAGUUUGAAUUUCAACAUUGUGUGGAAGGCUGAUCUGACUCGUAACUGUGAAAGUCCAGCCCCCUAUGCAGGGACUUGUACUGACUCAGAUAUAGCUGCAGGUAAAUCUGUACCUCAAACAACUCAGACCUCUUCUGGUGGUACAGGGUCAACAGUGAACUUCACGAAUCCUACUAUCAGUUUAUAUUCACAGAAAAGUUACAUUCCCAAUACAUUGCAAUUACCCCUCCAUAAUCAAAGUCAGGUUAGUGAGAGAGCAACUUUGACCUCCAAUGGCUCUCACCGAGACAGUGUUUCAGGUAGAGAACUUGAGAACACUGUGAGCAUGGUGACAGACACACACCAGGGUAGAGAGAAGGAGAAGGUAAACCAUCACAUUGAGGAGAGCAUGGUGAAUUCAGUAACCAGGGACACAGAGACUCCCCAGCCUGGCAGAGCUGUGUGUCCCUCUACAGUAGACAAGCUGAAGCUCAUGAGGACAUCCUCAGAGAGCUCUCAACCCUCCUCAGUCCCUCACUGUCACAGUACUGGGACACAGCUGGGGACCCAGCCAGGCACUUCUCUGGCCCUCACAGGGGUGAAGUAUCAGGUGGGGCCUCCUGGCAGAGAGCCAGGGGAGGAGGUGGAGGAGGGCUGGGAGCUGCUGAGCCCCGUGAGUAAGGACCUCCCCCGAGAGAAAGGAUCACUAUGUUACCCCAACACCCCUGACCCCACAGGGGCCUCCCCACAGUGCCGGAAGGGGGACAUGGAUGCUUUCCUAAAGUCAGAGGAAUCGGAUGGACAGGAUGAGGAUCAAAUCAUUGAGGUGGAUGGCUGGUGCCACCUACCCAAGUUCCCAGCCAAGGCCUCCAGAGGGAGAGACAGGGCCAGGCAAAGUAGCUGGGGGCUGCCUGAGGCAGAGGUGCGUCUGUUGGGGGCUCAGAUCCUCUUGGCCCUGGAGAGUCUUCACCAGCAAGGUGUGAUGUGCCGAGACCUCAACCCAAAGAAUAUCCUGCUCACGAGUAAUGGAAAGGUCUGCCUGACAUUCUUUGGCCAGUGGAGUGAAGUUCAGUCAGAAAUCAACUCUAAAGCUAUGGACCAGAUGUACUGUGCCCCAGAGAUUGGAGGUGUGUCCAAAAUCACAGAGGCUUGUGACUGGUGGAGUCUGGGGGCAUUGCUGAUUGAACUUCUUACUGGAAUGCCCCUGUGGCAGUUCCACCCAGCCGGGGUGCAUUCUCACACCCAGCUCCUGAUCCCAGACCACCUGAGUACUGCAGCCGCCUCCCUGCUCACUGAGCUGCUGCAGUUUGAUCCUGGUUAUCGUUUGGGCUCUGGAGGCGGUGGUGUGAGUGACAUCAAGUGUCACCCCUUCUUCAAUGGUGUCUCCUGGAAGGCACUGUCAAGUUAACAUGCCAACAGACUACCUGUGUGUCUCUGGCCUAAAU